AUUCAGACGUCAUCAUCUUUUGCAAUUAUAUAAUAAUCUGAUUUCUCACGUCUCCUCUCUUUUUUCAUCAAUUCCGAAAUUUUGACUCGCAAUCUCAACGAAGCUCGAAAAAUGGAUUCACGAACUAAGGGGAAGACGGUGAUGGAAGUUGGUGGCGAUGGCGUUGCCGUCAUAACACUCAUCAACCCUCCCGUCAAUUCUCUAUCUUUCGACGUGCUAUACAAUCUCAAAAGUAAUUACGAGGAGGCCUUGAGCAGGAUUGAUGUUAAAGCUAUUGUUAUUACGGGUGCAAAGGGGAAGGUUCUCUGGUGGCUUUGAUAUAUCUGGUUUUGGUGAAAUGCAGAAGGGGACUAUAAAAGAGCCAAAGGCUGGAUACAUUUCGAUUGACAUCAUAACCGACUUGCUCGAAGCUGCAAGGAAACCGUCUGUCGCUGCCAUUGAUGGGCUUGCCUUGGGAGGAGGAUUAGAACUUGCCAUGGCUUGUCAUGCUAGGAUAUCAGCUCCUGCUGCACAGUUAGGCCUGCCUGAGCUGCAACUUGGUGUUAUUCCUGGUUUUGGAGGAACGCAGCGUCUUCCGCGUCUUGUUGGUCUCACCAAAGCCCUUGAAAUGAUUUUGACAUCUAAGCCAGUUAAAGCUGAAGAAGGUCAUUCUUUGGGUCUUAUUGAUGCUGUGAUGCCACCUGCGGAGUUACUAACCACUGCUCGUCGCUGGGCCCUUGACAUAGUUGAGAGGAGAAAACCAUGGGUUUCUAGUGUUUCCAAGACUGAUAAGUUACCUUCUCUUGGAGAGGCAAGGGAAAUACUGAAGUUUGCCAGGGGACAGACACAGAAGCGAGCCCCCAAUAUGAAACACCCUUUGAUGUGCCUUGACGCUAUUGAAGUAGGUAUUGUUUCUGGUCCAAGGGCUGGUUUAGAAAAGGAAGCUGAAGUCGCCUCACAAGUAGUAAAACUGGAUACCACCAAAAGCUUGAUCCACGUCUUCUUUUCUCAGCGAGGAACUGCUAAGGUUCCUGGAGUUACUGAUCGUGGGUUGGCGCCAAGGAAGAUUAAGAAGGUAGCCAUAAUUGGAGGCGGGUUGAUGGGAUCUGGAAUAGCCACAGCGUUGAUCCUAAGUAACUAUCCAGUGAUUCUCAAGGAGGUAAAUGAGAAAUUCCUGGAGGCUGGAAUUGGCAGAGUCAAAGCUAAUCUCCAGAGCCGUGUAAGGAAGGGAAGCAUGUCUCAGGAAAAGUUUGAGAAAACCAUGUCUCUCCUUAAGGGUUCUCUUGAUUAUGAAAGCUUUAGAGAUGUGGACAUGGUCAUUGAGGCUGUUAUUGAGAAUAUAUCUUUGAAGCAACAAAUUUUUGCUGAUCUGGAGAAGUACUGUCCUCAGCAUUGUAUCCUCGCUAGCAACACAUCGACCAUUGACUUGAACAAAAUUGGGGAGCGGACCAAGUCUCAGGAUCGGAUUGUUGGAGCACAUUUUUUCAGUCCAGCACAUAUCAUGCCGCUACUUGAAAUAGUUCGGACCAAUCAUACCUCUGCCCAAGUAAUUGUUGACCUGUUAGAUGUUGGGAAAAAGAUUAAGAAAACACCAGUCGUGGUGGGAAACUGCACAGGGUUUGCAGUGAAUAGGAUGUUCUUCCCUUACACACAGGCAGCUAUGUUCCUUGUUGAGUGUGGAGCAGAUCCAUAUCUAAUCGACAGGGCAAUCAGCAAGUUUGGAAUGCCAAUGGGUCCCUUCAGAUUGUGUGACCUGGUUGGAUUUGGUGUGGCGAUUGCAACCGCAACGCAAUUCAUCGAGAACUUCUCAGAACGGACAUACAAAUCAAUGAUUAUCCCACUUAUGCAAGAGGACAAGAGAGCUGGUGAAGCCACUCGCAAAGGUUUCUAUUUGUAUGAUGAUAAGCGCAAGGCUAAACCUGAUCCUGAGCUAAAGAAAUAUAUCGAAAAGGCAAGAAGCAUAUCUGGAGUAAAGCUUGACCCUAAGUUGGCGAAUUUGUCGGAGAAGGAAAUUAUUGAAAUGACAUUUUUCCCAGUAGUAAACGAGGCGUGUAGGGUUUUUGCUGAAGGCAUUGCUGUCAAAGCAGCAGACCUUGACAUUGCUGGCAUAAUGGGAAUGGGUUUCCCACCUUAUAGAGGAGGAAUCAUGUUCUGGGCUGAUUCCAUCGGAUCGAAAUACAUAUACUCGAGGCUGGAUGAGUGGUCAAAGACUUAUGGUGAAUUCUUCAAGCCUUGUGCUUUUUUGGCUGAAAGGGGAUCUAAAGGAGUUCCUCUGAGCGCUCCUGUGAAACAAGCCAGCUCACGGUUGUAAGGUCAGCGUUUCAGUGGAACCAUUUCUCCAGUGGUGCAUCUUCUGUGUUUUCUUUAAGUUCACAUUUACAUAGCCGGAAAAGUUGGGAUCUUUUGGCCUUCAGAAGCUUUUAAAUAAAGUCUCAUCUCAGACAUAUGAAUCUGGGAGAAAGUAGGGAUUAAGUUGUAGUAGCAAUAAGAUUUGUUUUAUGUUAUGCUUUGUCAUACAACAAAGUUGUCAGAUACAUUUGUUGUUAUAAAGCUAUUAUAUGGAGUUAAGUUCUAUGAUUUAUUGAUAAUGUUGUCAUAUGACAAUAAGUUAAAAUUAAAGAAAAUAGAGAAUGAGGGCAGAGAGAAUUUUUUUUCGGCUCUCUCGACGAAAACCCUAGCCUCCAGCCGCCCAAGCUUCGAUUUUUCCGAUUUGCCCUCCCCGGCGGCCGGGCUUCUCGCCGGAGCUGUGGGAGGGUCUUAGAUCUUUGUCUUGCUUCUUUGUUUUGAUUUUAGCUAGCUUUCUCCGAUGAUUCAAAGGUAAAUGCGAAGGUGGAUGUUUGGUUGGUGAAGAAUCGGUGGAUGGUUGGCGGCGGAGGUUUCGUGGCCUCCUUUCUCGUGUUCUUUGCUUCAUCUCCCACGUUUUUCUUGGCUUAGAUCUGUUGAUUUUGGUGUUGUUGUGGCCUUGUCGUCAUAUUCCUCUUUGAAGAGAAGAACGUUUGAAGGAGGGAAGCCAUCGUCGGUGAGGCUUGGUUGUGGUUAGUGACUGAUCCGUCUGGUCUGCGGGUUUGUCAAGGUAGUGGCUCAGAUCUGGUGGUGGUCCUGUGGCUGGUGGUUUCAAGGAGACGGACUCGUUUCGUUUCUUGGUCUGGUAAUUUAUAUCUCUCAUCUCUCUCUUCAUUGGUUGGUGUUUCUCGACAAGGAUUUGUUAGUGUUGGUGUUUGUGUGGCUUUAACCGAUGGUUUUAGUUUGCUUUGAGAAGUAUGCGGGUUGAGUUGGUCCUUAGUUCAUCUGCUUUGUUGGGUCUGCUGGAUUGGUCGUGUUUGCUUGGCAGGCUAGGUUUCGUUCCAAUUGCUGGUCAAUCGGAUGGUAGUUUGUUGCUCGUCAUCUACUAGCCUUCUUUUGUGGCUCUUUUGAGUUGUGGAUUUAGGUUCUAGGCAAGCAGUGGAUUUGACUUUCAUCUUUUCUCUUGCGAGGAGGUUACCAGUUUUAUGUCUGUAGAUGGCUGAAGCUGGGUCGACGAGGGUCUGUGUGUAAGAGGUGUGUGUCUUCCUUGGCUUGUCUCUGGUCGAAUCUCAAGGUUUUUACCUUGUGCUUAGUGUUUGCUCACUUUCCUCGGCUGGUCUUUGUGUGUCCUGAUAAUGGUGGCUUCUGUUUUUCCGUGAAUUGUCUCCUUAGGUUUUUGUCUUUUUUUUAUCAUGUUGUUUAAUCCUUGUAUCUGGAGGUUCGCUACCUGCCAGCUUAGGUUUCCCUUUUUGGGUUUGGUUUCCCUUUUUUGGGCUUUAGCUUCCGGAGAUUUCUUCUUUUUCUUCCGGCAUUAGUUUUUUAUCAAGUUUGUGUUAUGUUGUAUUGAAAAACUCUUUAUAUUCUAA